AAAAAGUACUCAUGGGUGACAAAAUACUAUAUUAACCACGACUUUUGAGCGCCACCUACUUUGUAUUUACUAUUAGGUAGAAGGACAUAUUACUUUAUGUAUUUGAUAUGGACACGUUUUUCCUGUGUCUUGACAGUCAAGUACUGACCAUCAGAUUAUGAGGAAGUGCAGCUGAAACAAAUAUUGCAGCUUUUUCCUGCUUCCGUUUUAAAGUAAACAGAAAGAGAAAGAAGAAAACCGUUAGUGAGAGAAAUGAUGACUCUCACAUUCCAAAAUAACAAUACGCAGCUGGAAGAGAAAGAACCCGGACACAACAAGCUCCGCUUUAGGCUUGUCUACAUCUUCUUCUACAACCUGCUGCAGUUCUGUGGACACACAUGGAUACUGACUAACACCAUCAUCAGGUUUCUCAUAUUUGGCCAAGAUGCCGUGGCAGACACUUUUUACACUGUCGGCCUUGUCAUGAGCCUCUGCCAACUGCUCUCCAUUUUGGAGCUUUUCCACAUCGCAGAUGGGAUUGAGGAGGCCAAACUACUUCCACGCCUCAUCCAAGUUUUGGAGAAGAACCUGCUGCUCAUCAUGCUCGUCCUGUUGGAGGAGUUUCAGAGCAAACCGGUCGUGUGCGUACAGCUCUUCUUUUGGAACAUCUUGGACCUACUGAGGUACCCUCAUGAAGUGCUGUGUGUGAUGGAUACUUCCUUCACGGUCAUGCUGUGGGCCCGCUACACGCUGUGGAUCCCAGUGUACAUCCUGUCUGCCAUCACAGAAGGGGUCACUAUAUACCAGGCAAUGCUUGCCACGGCAACGUCAGCCUCCGGCAUGCAGAAUUCCACGGAUUCCUCACACAGUCAUCAGCCGUUUGUCCACAAGGCCUCUCUGCCUCUUCUUGCUCUUGGUGUGUCGUUUACGGUGUGGCAGUCGCUGAAGGAGAGACAACAUCAGCUAGAGCGGUGGCACAAGAAGAUGAAACGAAAAUGACCACUUACCUAUAAACUAAGGAUACAAUGUA